UGCCGAAGCUGUCGAAGCUGCACGAAAAGGCUGUUCAUUGUUUCAAAAGCUCUUGUUACGAGAUGGCUUGUCUAAUGUCUGGAACACAAAACUUACCUAUAGAGAGCAAGAGUUGACGACUGGUCAAGACGCUGAAUUGCUUGAUACGCCUCUACAAUAUAAGUUGCACCUUCGUCGGUACAAAAGAGACAGGGGAAUUGUGUUUGAACUGCAAGACCCUUUCGCAUCGUCAGAUGUUAUGAGUUUCUGGAGAAUAUAUGCGGAUCACAAGGAUCCGGCCUAUGAUUUGGUGUUUUUGCGUCCGCCUGUUUUCAGCCCUGGUUCUGAAGAUAGUCUCAUCACUGCUUGUUCAUGGCUUAAAGAAUGCGACGGAUCCCAUAAGAAAUGUCUGGAAUGGAGACAAAAGUUUGUCCCGCUAAGACUAUUAGACUUGGGCGAGGAAAGUGCACCGGCUCAGAUUAGGCUCACCACGCCAGACCAAAAGGCAGACGUGUCAUAUGCAGCUCUCAGCUACUGCUGGGGCGGUGAUCAACCUCUGAAAACGACAUGCGCUACCAUCCUACAAAUGGAGAAAGGGAUUUCGAUGGAAAGACUACCCCAAACCAUCCGAGAUGCUGUCCAAGUCACACACAAGAUUGGCCUUCGCUUCUUGUGGAUCGACAGCUUUUGCAUCGUUCAAGACGACGAAUAUGAACUAGCAGAACAGACAGCGCACAUGCACCAGAUAUUCAGGAGUGCUUACGUGACGAUUGCCGCUACGGCAGCGCGAAGCUGUACUGAUGGAUUUCUAAUCCACGAGCGAAGACUUCAAAGCUCGAUAGAUUGGAACCUGUGCCAGGUCACAGCACAUUGCAAGAACGGCACUGUUGGCGCCGUGGUGGUCGGCGAAAACGAAGCAAGCAAGGAUGGGUCAGAGCCUCAGCAUUUUUCCGAGCCUCUGUCUCAACGAGGAUGGACCCUGCAGGAAACCAUGCUCUCUUCCAGGAUACUUUCGUACAGCAGCACGCAACUUCGUUGGUAUUGUCCCACCCGAGCUGCUGUGGAUGGCGGCUACACCGACACAUCCGGGCCUCUGUACGGCCUUGAUCCCGGCAUGUCUUAUUUCCGCCCUCGGCCCCUGAUACGAUGGUUCUGCGGUCGCUGGGACAGUCUCCGCUACCCAUUCGACUGGCUUGACCUUGUAGACCAAUACCGAUACCGGAAGCUGUCAUAUCCAUCGGACGCCCUUCCUGCAAUUUCUGCUAUCGCCCAGCGAUACGGUAGUCUCCAGAGAUGCGGUGCCUAUCUCGCGGGAGUCUGGGAAAGAAAUUUCUUCCUUCAGCUUCUUUGGAUGGAAGUCCACACGUUCCACAGUUUGCCUCAAUACCCAUAUCGUGCGCCGUCGUGGUCCUGGGCAUCUUCCAAUCCUGAUGCAGCCAUCUGGUGGCCUCUACUGCAGGAUGUCCACUCGCGGAAUUACUCUAAAGUCAGUGUCUCUUGCCAGCUCUUACAUUUUGAUACGACACUGCAAUCCCCGCAAGCACCCUAUGGCAAGGUCACUGCAGGC